CUAUGCUGUUCUCACUGAACAGGUAUAUAUAUUACUGUGAUUUGCAGUGAAUUGUUGCAUAUGCGAAUAGUAAUAUUGUGUAGCUUGAUUAUUUGUAUUCAACUAUGCGAUGCAUGAGGAGAAACGGGUUGUUGCCCACAGCACGCUGCGGCGACGUCUUCUCCUCUCUUCGCGGGUGCUCGCCGGUCCAUGCUGCCACCCAUCAAUGUUGACAAGUCACCAUCUAAAAGUUUGUCCGAGGAGAAACUGCUGGUUUCGAACGCUAGCAAGCUCCUGGCAUGGACAAGACAGAAGUGAUGUUCGGGAUGGUGGAGAAGGAGAUGGAGUACCGGGUCGAGCUUUUCAACCGGCAAAUUUGGGGCUGAGGAAAGAAGACGAGGAGCAACUUCUCUCUGGUCUGGUCGUUGGAACUUCAGGACAAGGUUUUGAAAUGUUGAAGGAGGAGGACAAUAGGAACUUCUGUGAUGUCUUGUCAUCUAUUUUCUUUUCUUUGUUGUAG